GCACAUGCUCCCUUCAGUUAUAUUGCCAGUGUGCAUUUUAAUGCAGGAGAAAAUGCAUUUUAUGCGCGCGGACCUCGGCAGCCCCGCAUUCUCCAUCUUAGGGCCGCCGAUCAUCUAUCAGGUUCGCCUGAUGUGGUCCUCAUCACUCCCUGUUGCUUCUUGAUCUGAUCCAUACUGCUCCAUGAGUCGCGAUAGAUAUUGAGCGCGCUGGUAUAUCCCCUGCAAAAUGGCACCGCCGGCAAAGAGAUGGCGCUCGCGCGAAGGAUUCACAGCCGAUGCGGUCAGCUACUUACUCCACCGGACGUUGCUGAGCCCCUGGAAGAUGGUUCCCCUGCUAGUAUUAGCACAAUAUACUACCAAGGGCCGUGAGAUCCUUGAGUCGCGUCCGAAGGUGCUCAAAGCGCUCAAAGUACUGGUCUCAUUCGCUGUUUUGAGUCGGCUCGGAGGGUGGCUGGACCGUCGUGUUAUCAAUAAUGGCCAGAAAGAUCACUAUGACUGGAACCGUGAAGUGGUGGUCCUGACGGGUGGCAGUGGCGGGAUUGGACGGCGAGUCGCACAGCUGUUCGGUGAUCGCGGCAUCAAAGUCGCCAUCCUGGACAUCGCGCCUCCAGCAGAUUCACUGCCAAGCAGUGUCCGCUACUACGAAUGCGAUAUUACAUCUCCCGAAAACAUCUCGGAGGUGGGCAGCAAGAUUCGUGCCUCGUUCGGCAAACCAACCAUACUAAUUAACAACGCGGGCAUCCUCACCGGCAAGACCAUCCUCGGCACCACCGAGGCCGUGACCCGACGGUUGUUUGAUGUCAACACCCUCUCGCACUACUGGUUGGCACAAGAGUUCCUGCCGGACAUGAUCGCGGCCAACCACGGAAUGGUGGUGACUGUCGCCUCCCAGUCCGGCUACGCCGUCGCCCCCAACAUGGUCGACUACUCGGCUUCCAAGGCCGCUGCCAUCGCCUUCCACGAAGGGCUGGCGGCUGAAUUGGUGACGCGCUACCAGGCUCCACGCGUCCGCACUGUGCUUGUUACCCAGGGCUUUACGCGCACCGCCUUGAUUGACAAACUGACCCCCGAAGAUACGUUUAUCAACCCCCUCCUACACCCUGAUACAGUCGCUGAGGGUAUCGUUAAUCAGGCUCUGACGGGUGAGAGUGGGCAUGUCCUUUUACCUGGCACUUCUGGCACUCUCGCGCAGCGUCUUCGCGCGUAUCCUGUGUGGUUCCAGUAUUCGGUGCGGUGUCGACUGGAGAGGCUCAUGCGUGCCGACUAGAUUUGUUUCUGAAUGAUAUGCGACCAGGUUUGUACUCAAUUUGUCCCGGUGGAUACCACUGCACUUGCCCGCUUUCUGCAGAAUCGUAUUAUUUGAGCCGUAUGCGAUAAUUUUGUAACUCCAUCUCAGAUCCUGUAGGCAAUCGAAGCUGAGGACUGCUCUUUCCAGUGCACCUUGACCGCUGAUUGGAGACACCCGAUCUAUUUAGCAGCGACAAC